UCCCCUCUAUUGUUGUGAUGAAAUGGAGCAUAUUAUGCUUUUAUUUGUUUUCCUGAUUUACAAGUCCUCUUGUGACAUGUUUCUCAGAAUCUCAAUCAUGGUUUUGUUGAAAUGAAAUUUGUUUUCUGUGUGAUGAGCAUGUUUGAGUCUUGAAGGGUUGCUAGAAAUUCGUAUAAACAUUUUCAAUAAAUUUUCAUGAUUUCAAUUUUUUGUAGAAAAUUGUGUUUUCGAAGAGAAAAUGAAUUGGAUACGACUAGCUUCAAAAUUGAAGCACAUAGCUAUCAUAAAAUAAAACCUGUACAGUUGAGCACCAAACAAAAUUUCGUGAAGUCUAAACUCCCAUUGAACCACACAGAGUGAUAUCAAUGGAAGGAUUAGAAACAUCAUGUCUCGAGGGCUUACUGAAUGCAAGUAGCCAUCAUUUGGGUGGGCUGCGUUGGGAAUGCUGAGAGAUAUGCUGGGUCGAUGGGGACACUAAGCUAUACAGGUGUGCUUGGUCAAAUCCUAUUUCGACUGGACCUAAAAAAAAUUAGAAUUAAGAAAUUGGGUUUUCGGUAUAAGGAAUAAACUAAACAAACUAUGGAUAAAUCCAAGCGACCCUUUAUUAAAUCCAAGCGAUCUUUUUGUGGGUGGUUUGGGUUUUGAACCUGGUUUAUGCAGGUGGGUCAAAAUUUCGGUAUUUAGUUUUUUUUUAUCUGGCUUGAAAACGGGUCAAUUGAGCACCAUUAAAGUGGUCCAAGUAAGAUUAGGUUGGUGGGUUAGGAGCACGACCCAAGAAUCCAUCCACCAAUUGCACUUGCCGAGGCCAGGUUGUGUGGUGGUCGAGGCCUCAACUCAUACGGUUCGUGGAUUGGCUCGGGUUUGACUCAGCUUAGUGGUGACCUUACAUAAGGGCUAUAAUCUCACAAGGAGGAAUUUUUUAUCUCUUCAUUUUUUAUCAGUCUUUCUCUUAUCACAUCAUUGGUAAGGAUGACAUAUAGAGAGGGAAAUCUAACAAAUGACUCCCUGGUUUAAGGUGAUUUUAGAAUCUCAUUUAGGUCCUAGAGUUGAUAUUGAAUUGAACCUAUCAAGUUUGGUGAAUUGUAGUUUGAUCCUUAAUCUUGCUGAAACUUGCAACAUUGUGGGAUCAAGUGACAAUCUCUUUGAGGUGUAACAUGCUGUUUAGGGAUGACAAUCGGACCGGUAGAUCUAGAUACCCCCUCCCUAGAGAUGGAAGGCAGAUAAGAUCUAGAUAUCCCCACAAUAGCCUCAACUGGAGUAUGGGUAUGAAUUUGGUGAUUAAUGGGCGGCCUGCCAUCCCUACCUUCAAUGGCAUCCGUGCGUGUUUAUGGCCAUUGCUUCAACUCUUUCGCUUCUUGAUGCCCUUUUCACUGCGUUUUCUAGGUUAAAUACUCCAUCCCAUCUUUGUAUCUUUUACAACCAUAAAGAGCCUAGAUGUGGUCAAUGGUGCCAGACUGUUGUGAAUGAUCCUUACUAUUUAGAGUUGUUUUUGAAUUCAUACAACCAUCAAAGGGAAUGCAUGUAUAUGGUGGGGGGGGGGUUCUAAAAGCUGAGAAGGAUGCUUCUACAUGAGUAAACCUCUAGGUCUCCAUUUUCAACUGGUUAUGGUGGUUUUAUUGAGAUUCGAGUCACUUUACAAGCAAUCACUUAAAGGUUGUGAAGCAUAUUAAUUAUUAGGUUUGUUGUAUGUCAUGCUCAUUCUGACAAUAUUGGAGAAGUGAAUUCGGUCUUCUUUUAGAAGUUUGUAUCACACUGUUAGUGACUUAGUGUGGCACCUCAAAUUAAUAACAAUGGUGUAUGUACGUGAUCAGGUUUAGUUCUUUCUUUAUGGAAAUAGGAAAUCUUUUUGAUGCCAUAUGGUGCCAAUGAAUGAUGACCUUGUGCCUUAAUGAGCAAUCAAAAAAUGUAACGGGCUUCCACUUUGGGGUAGUGACUAGCGAGGUACAUCGAACGUAUGCAUAAGGAGUUUUAUGCUGGGCACAAAUCCUUUGUGUUUGGUCGAUUCAUUGCAUGUAUGGUCUGUUAUUAAGUUGUAUAAGCAAUGGAGAUCUUCAAAAGUAAUCUUGUCAAACCAUGUAUUGGUAUGAGCAAAAUAAGUAAAAACCUUUAUCUCCUCCGUUCUUUUUUUUUUUACUUGCAAUGUUUUGACUUUUACGCUUGCCGAUAUACAAAUUUGACCAUUAGUAUCUCUAAUUAUAUAUUUGUGAAAAUUAUAAGAAGUUGAAAUCUUGUAAAUAUAUUGAGAUAAAUCCAAAAACACAUUACAUGCCAAAAUUUGUGUUGCAUGUCAUUCACAAAUUUAUGGUCAAAGUAAGUGCUUGAAUAGUGCAAGAGUCAAAACAUUGCAAGUAAAAAAAAAUGGAGGAAGUAUUAUUUUAGCAUUGGUUCAUGAUGAAACUAAGGGAAGCAGUUGGCCUUGAUGAUUUUCCUAGAGAUACCUUAGGGAGGUUGUGACAGACGUAUUCAACAAGAUUUGGAGGACAAAUAAGAUAUAAAAAGAUUGGAGAAAUAAUACGUUGCUACCAUUUAGAAGACAAAAGAGAUGCAUAUUUAGACUAAUUAUAUUAUUGAGUUAAAAAGCUUUUGAGUCAUAGGCGUUCCAUGAAAUUUUGGACGAGAGUAUUAGAUUGAAGUUAUUUCUAAGCAUCUUGGAGAACCAAUUUGGGUUUAUGCCAGGUUGACUCUUAGACGCUAUUCACCUUAUAAGGCAAGUGUUCGAGUAUUAUGGUGAGAGGAAAAAGGAUUUGCACAUGCAUUUCAUUGAUCUAGAGAAGGAUUAUGACAAGGAACCCAGAGAUGUGCGUUGGUGGGCAAUGACAAAGAAAGGUACAUCAUGUACUUACAUUGACAUAGUAAAGGACAUGUACCAAGAAGUGAUAACAAAUGUUAGGACACGUGGAGGAUUAAGGAGGAUUUUUUUAUUACAAUUACACUACUCCAAGGUUAUGCAUUAAGUUCUUUCUUCUUUGCUGCAUUAAUAGAUGAAUUAACUCGGUCUAUCCAGGAUGAGAUACCAUAGUUUAUGUGGUUUGCAAAUAUUGCAUUGGUGGAUGAGACAAGAGCUAGGGCUAAAUGCUAAGUUGAAGCUAUGGAGGCAAAGUUAUUUACCUCGGGGUUUAGGUUAAGUUGAGUACAACUGAGUUUAUGGAGUGUCAUUAAUUUAUUUAAGGAGCUAAGCAAGCAUUUAGUGACAUUAGAUGGUGUAGGGUUGUACUUUUAGUGUGUUUUUGAGUACCUUAGGUCAAUUUUCCAUAAGAUUGAAAAUAUUAACAAAAAUGUGACUAUUCUUUAUGGGUGGGUUCAGUGGGAAAAUUUUGUAGAAUGAUUAUUAGACCAACAUUAUUACUCCCUCCGUCACCAGAAUAGUCUCUACACUUUCCUUUUUUAUUUGUCCCAUAUUAGUUUGAACACUUCAUUUUUGGUAUUGUUCCACUAUUAUUAUAUUAGUUUUCUUACACCCAUUUGGCUCGCACUCUAUUUUUAUUAAUAAAAAUACCCAACUUUCUCACCCAUUCAAUAAAAAAACCCCACCAACUCCUAUCACAUCUUAUUUUUUUAAUAAAAUGACAUUUGAUAACCACAUUACAACCUAUCACCUUAAACUACGUGUUUCAACAAAUGUUCAGAUCUUUCGCGGGUAGGGGAAGUGUUUGGGUUGGGGGUAUUAAGAAGGAAUAAGGAUCACAUAGGAAGAUGGGGGUAAAGAUAUGCAUAUGGUGAGUUGGAUAUGUGGGAACACUAUGUAAUAGAAUUCAUAUCGAGGAUAUUUGGAGAUAGGUAGAAGUUGCAGAUAUUGAGGAUAUACUAAAGAAAAAUUUUGUACAUUGGUUUAGGCAUGUGCAUGUCUACCAAAAAAUGCACCUGUAAGAAAAAGUGGAGAGUUAGUGGUCAGACUUGGAGUGAUUAUAGAAGAGUCGAGGGGGCUAAAGAUGUCUUGGAUGGACAAUGGAAGGAGUUAAAAAGGAUAUGUACAAAAUGUGAUUGCAUAUAGGACUAGAUAGAAGUGAUGGAGGAAGAGGAUAUUUGUGGACGAUUAUAAGAUAUAUACUCUUGGUUCUCACAACAGAUCCCAUCUUUUGGAGUUGAGGCUGUAAUAUUGUUUUUUUUGCUCUAUUGAGUGCUUAUUGUUAGUGGGGAAACACACAUCUUUUGCCGCUGGAACUGAUGUGUAGUUUUUUUUCGUUCGAACUAGGAGCAUUGAAGCUCCUUCUAAGAGGAAGCGAAGAAAUUCCCGAAGAUCUUAUCCUGUCCCCAACAACCUCACAUCUGGAAGCUUGCCAGUUUGCUGUGACGGAUCUCACAGCACAAUUGUGCCUUCGAAUUGUUCAGUGGCUAGAAGACCUAGCAUCUAAAGCCCUUGAGUUGGAAAGCAAGGUGCGUGGAUCCCAUGUUGGUACGUAUCUUCCUAGCUCCGGCAUUUGGCAUAAUACUCAACGAUAUCUUAAGAAAAAUGAGAAAAGUCUGAAGACUGUUAAGCACCUGGAUUUUGAUGCUCCAACGCGAGAAAAUGCACUGCCCUUGCCUGAUGAUAGAAAACAAGAUGAAUCUCUUCUGGAAGAUGUUUGGACUCUCGUACGUGCUGGAAGAUUGGAAGAAGCAUGUGAACUUUGCAGGUCUGCUGGACAGCCAUGGAGGGCUGCGAGUUUAUGUCCUUUUGGAGGAUUAGACCUAGUUCCAUCUGUUGAAGCACUGUCGAAGAAUGGUAAAAACAGAAUCCUACAAGCUAUCGAACUAGAAAGUGGAAUUGGUCGCCAAUGGCGCCUGUGGAAAUGGGCAUGUUACUCUGCCUCAGAGAGGAUCGCAGAGCUGGGUGGUGGAAAGUAUGAAGCAGCGGUAUAUGCAGCCCAGUGUAGCAACUUAAAGCGAAUGCUUCCAAUAUGCACAGACUGGGAGUCAGCAUGUUGGUCGAUGGCCAAGUCAUGGCUUGAUGUCCAGAUGGAUAUGGAAUUAGCACGUUUGCAGCCUGGAAGAAUGGAACUUUUGAAAAAUUAUGAAGAGACUAAUGGUGCAAGUCCUAGUCAAAGAGUUAGCAGUUCCGGGUCUUCAGAAAGGCCAGAGAAUUGGCCUCUACAAGUUCUGAACCAGCAACCGCGCCAUCUUCCUUCACUUAUACAGAAACUCCAUUCCAGUGACAUGGUACAUGAAGCUGUUACUCGUGGAUGCAAGGAGCAGCAUCGCCAGAUAGAGAUGAAUCUUAUGUCGGGAGAUAUACCACAUUUAUUGGACCUUGUAUGGUCAUGGAUAUCACCUUCAGAUGAUGAUCAAAACGCGUUCAGGCCUCAUGGAGAUCCCCAUAUGAUUCGUUUUGGUGCUCAUCUAGUAUUGGUGCUUAGAUUUUUGCUUGGAGAUGAAGUGAAAGAUGUUUUCAAGGAGAAAAUAAUGAAUGUUGGUGAUCUCAUUCUUCAUAUUUAUGCAAUGUACCUAUUUUCACAACAACAUGAGGAGCUGGUUGGCAUUUAUGCUUCACACCUUGCACGCCAUCGUUGCAUCGACCUCUUUGUUCACAUGAUGGAGCUACGGUUGAAUGCCAGUGUACACAUUAAGUACAAAUUAUUUCUAUCUUCUUUGGAGUAUUUGCCGUUUUCUCCGGGAGAUGAACCGAGGGGCAGCUUUGAGGAAAUUAUUGAGAGUGUAUUGUCAAGAUCUCGUGAAAUCAAAGUUAGCAAGUAUGAGAACUCAGCAGAUGUUGCAGAACAGCAUCGGCUGCAAUCACUUGAUAAAGCUAUGGCCAUACAGUGGCUUUGCUUUACACCCCCAUCCACAGUUGAUGAUGUUGAAGCCAUUGGUGCCAGGCUUCUACUACGAGCCGUUAUGCACAGUAACAUACUCUUCAGAGAAUUUGCUUUGAUAUCCAUGUGGAGGGUGCCAGCAAUGCCCAUAGGCUCUCAUAAACUGCUUAGUUUUCUUGCUGAACCCUUGAAGCAACCGACUGAAAAUCUUCUAGCUUCUGAGGAUCACAAUGUUUCCGACUGCUUGAAGGAGUUCCGAGACUGGAGUGAGUACUACUCCAGUGAUGCAACAUAUCGCAACUGGCUAAAAUACGAACUGGAGAAUGCAGAGGUUUCGCCCUAUGAGCUAUCAGUGGAGGAGAAACAGAAAGUCAUUGCAGCAGCGAAAGAAGCACUCAGCUCUUCACUUUUACUCCUAUUGAGAAAGGAAAAUCCCUGGUUGGUUCCAGGUGAAGAUCAAAUAUAUGACACAACAGAACCUGUGUUUCUUGAAUUGCACGCCACAGCGAUAUUGUGUUUACCUUCUGGUGAAUGCAUGUGUCCAGAUGCUACCUUGUGUGCAACAUUGAUGAGUGCCCUCUACUCUUCCGUGACAGAGGAUGUUGUAUUAAAUCGCCAAUUGACGGUUGAUGUGAAGGUUUCGCCUAAGAAUAAUUUUUGUGUUGAGCUUAUUCUGCGCUGCUUGGCUGUGGAGGGUGAUGGCUUAGGGCCUCAUGAACUGAAUGAUGGUGGUAUAAUUGCCAGUGUGAUGGCAGCUGGCUUUAAGGGUGAACUUUCUCGAUUUCAAGCUGGUGUCACAAUGGAGAUUUCACGAUUGGAUGCUUGGUAUUCUACUGGUGAAGGAUCUCUGAAAGACCCAGCUGCAUACAUUGUGCGUGGUUUAUGUCGUAGGUGUUGUCUUCCUGAACUAAUUCUGCGAUGCAUGCAGGUAUCUGUUUCAUUGGUGGAGUUGUUUGAGGUUCCAGAGAAGCAUGAUGAGUUGAUUGAGCUUGUUGCUUGCUCGGAAACAGGAUUGCUACAUUUAUUUAGUCAACAGCAACUGCAGGAAUUUUUGCUGUUUGAGAGAGAGUAUUCAAUAUGUUUAAUGGAGCUUCAGGAGGAAGGUUCUGUGAGCUCCCAUGAGUUGUACUGAUGUAAUACCAUUUUUGCUGGCAAGUAGUAUGUAUAUGUAUGUUGUAAAAUAUAAAUUUAAUUCCUACAUAAUCAGCAAAUAGUAGGAAAACGAUUAUGUGUUCUUGAACCUAUAGAGAGAAAAUACAAAGAACAUGAAAGGCAUCAGUCUUUAACUCUUUUA